AUGAAGGUAAACAUUCAGCACCUGAAGAAUAAAUUUGUUGUAGAGAUUGAUGACCUAGAUAUUACGAUUGAAGACUUGAAGAAGAAGUUGGAGGGUGUGAUGGCUGAAUCAGUCAGGAUACCUGCUGCUGAUCAGGCAUUGAUAUUUGAACGCGAGAAGAUGGACGAUGGCAAGAAGCUUUCGGAUUAUGUCAAAGGUGUGAAAGACGAGAUCAAAUUAUUUGUUAUUAAGCAACAAAGGAAUACCAAUCCAAUAUCAAAGCCUGUAGGAAGUUCUAAUCAAGAGAGCAAUAACCAAGCACAGUCGACACCAAAUCCGUAUCUCAGCAGUAAUCAGCCAAUGGGUAAUCCAUAUGCGAUGUACGGACAGCAGAUGCCUCCCUAUGGCUAUGGAUCACCACAGCCAAUGUACGGACAGAUGCCUUAUGGAUACGGCUCUCCACAACCAAUGUAUGGACAGAUGCCUCCCUACGGCUAUGGAUCACCACAGCCAAUGUACGGACAGAUGCCUUAUGGAUACGGCUCUCCACAGAAUGAUGGAUACAACAACGAAGCAUUUUCGAAUGCCAUGAUGCAGCAAAUGGAGCAAAUGUUAAACAGCCCGGAGCUUUUAGAUCAAGUGCUGAGCCUUCAGAAUCCAAACAUGACCCCUGAACAAAAGGAAAAUCAUAAGAAGCUAUUGAAAGAUGCUUUGAAUAUGAUGAAAGCAAAUCCAGGACUUUUCCAGCAAGCAUUUUCACCUGAGAAUGUGAAUAUGGCAAUGAAUACAAUGGGUAUGGGGCAAGGAGGAAUGCAUCCGCCGUAUCCACCUGCACCAAUGGGUGGUUAUGAUCCAAGACAACUCAGUGCAAGAUUCUCUUGGAGAUAUGGAGGAUAUCAAUCGCCUGUGUAUGGAGGGCCACGACCUGAGCAACAACCACAGCAAAUUGAUGAACAGGCAUACUUGGUAUCGUUGGAACAGUUGAAAUCAAUGGGUUUUGAGGAAGAAGAGGCAACAGAUGCAUUGAAGAAGGCAAAGGGAGAUAUAAACAGAGCAUUGGACAUACUUCAUGAGGAGAGGAAGAAAAACAGCCAAAACAACGGAUCGUAUUCAAAAAAAUAA